AUGCCGGGGCUCGAUGAAGAGCUUUCUGCAUUGAGGGGUCAUGUUGCAGACCUGGAUAGCGAGCUCCUCCAGAGGGAUGCAACCAUUGACACGCUGCAAAGGACGCUGCGGGAGACGCAGGACACGCUCCAAAAGGCACUGCUCUCGCCGCAGGAGGGAGGCCUUUGGAAGGAUCGAUAUCACGAGGCCCAGAAGCAAAAUGAGAGUCGAGGGCGAGAAGUGAAGGAACUGAGCCUGAAGUUAGACACCAAGGAGAAGGAGAUCAAGCUUCUCAGUCAGUAUGUCCGGAAGCUGGAGGAAGAGGCACGAAUCCGAGACAGCCAGCGCGAGCGACUGCUGACUGAUGCCGGCAUCGCGCGCAGCAAGCUCCCUUUUGCGGCACCAGUUUUUGAGGUUUUGAGGGCCGGUGAGGGCGAGAUGUAA